AUGGAAGCUUACAAUGUUCUCAAGCGGGAUUCUUGCUCCAAUGGGAAUGACUACGAUGGUCACAUGGGCCUGCGAAUCUCCUCCAUUUUCGUCAUUCUGAUCGGAUCCACUUUUGGUGCCCUCUUCCCUGUCGUUGCUAAGAGGUUCAGCAAGGCUGAAGGUGCCCCCAAAUGGGCCUUCUUUAUCGCCAAAUACUUUGGAUCGGGCGUUAUUAUCGCGACUGCUUUCAUUCAUCUCCUUGCCCCGGCCGAAGAGGCGCUGACCAAUUCCUGUCUGACUGGCGUUAUCACCGAAUACAGUUGGGUCGAGGCUAUUGUCCUCAUGACCAUUGUGGUUCUGUUCUUUGUGGAGUUGAUGGUGAUGCGAUUUGCCCGCUUUGGUACGGGCCAUUUACAUGAUGAAGAAGGCCACUCCCAUGUCCAGAUCGAAGAUGAAACCACGAUCACCCAGCAAGUGAGCCAGAGCAAACACUACAUCCCCGGUGAAGAUCACCUCGGCCACACCCGUUCGCACCACGACGCCGACGAUUCCGAGAAGGAAAGACAGGCGAUCGAGGAUUACACCGCUCAGCUUACAUCGAUUUUCAUUCUGGAGUUUGGCGUCGUCUUCCACUCGGUCUUCAUUGGCCUCACGCUGGCCGUGACCGGAGCUGGCUUUAUCACUUUGUACAUUGUUCUCGUCUUCCACCAGACCUUUGAGGGUAUGGGUCUUGGCUCUCGUAUCGCUCAAGUUCCCUGGCCUAAAUCUAAGCGCCUUACACCUUACUUCCUUGGCCUGGGCUUCGGUAUUUCAACUCCCAUCGCCAUUGCUAUUGGCCUCGGUGUUCGUCAGAGCUACCCACCAGACUCGGCGAAGACGCUGAUUGUCACCGGAGUGUUUGACUCCAUUUCCGCGGGCAUUCUAAUUUACACCGCCUUGGUCGAGCUGUUGGCACACGAGUUCAUGUUCAGCAACGCCAUGCGUGAGGCUCCAAUCCGCGAUGUCCUACUCGCCUUCCUGCUGCUGUGCUUGGGAGCUGCCCUCAUGGCCCUGCUGGGUAAAUGGGCAUAA